AUGUACCUUUCGGCCUAUGAACUCGGUCUGUUGGUGGAGUCGAGGCACUCCGAGUGUCUGUCACUUUGUGAACCUCUUAAUGUUCUCGCCAGAAUAUUGAAUAAAAGAGCAAUUGAAGCAUCAGAUAAGGAAAGACCAACUCCGGACCUUAGGACCGGUGAUAUUGUAGAGAUCAAAUUGGAAGUUCCAGAAAAUAGACGUAGGCUUUCCGUGUACAAAGGUAUAGUCAUAUCAAAACAAAAUGCCGGUAUCCACACCACCAUUCGAAUUCGGAGAAUCAUUGCAGGCAUUGGAGUUGAGAUUGUAUUCCCUGUUUAUUCGCCGAACAUAAAGGAAAUUAAAGUAGUCAAACACCGGAAAGUCCGGAGGGCGAGGCUGUAUUAUCUAAGAGAUAAGCUUCCAAGGUUGUCGACUUUCAAAUGAAAGACACUGCCGAUGGCAUCAUCACUCGGGGUCUUCUUCCCCAAAUAUUCCAAGGCCAGUUUCUUAGGUGCAUACAUGUUGUAAGAGCUUUAAUUUCUAUGAUCCACCCCCCUUUUUUCCCCUUUUGUUGUAAAAUUUGUUGUUUUGAUUUGGGAAAAAAACAACUAAAUUCAAAUAUUCAAUGCUUUGCUUAAUUCAUUUCAAUCUGCUACUUUGACAAUUCAAUUUUUUAGCCUUCAAA